AUGCAUGCACAUCAUCAAUUGACAAAUAUUUCAUCAUCAUCAUCAUCAACAGCGGCACAAUCCGCAUCAUCCGCAACAAAUCCAUCAUCAAUGAUAACAUCAUCAUCAACAACAACCCAACGUGAUCGUGAACGACAACGUGAACGUGAACAACGUCGUCAACAAGCAUUAGCAUUACAGCAGCAACAACAACAACAUCAAACUAAUCAUCAAUCGGUUAAUGUAUCAUCGAUUGGUCAUCAUUCACAUUCACAUCAUACAAGUGGUAGAGAUUUACAGCAAAAAAAUUCACAACAAUCCGAUAAACAAUCGCAUUCAUUAUUUCCCGAUCCGGUUUAG